UCCUGCGCGUCGUCCCCCAACCCCCCGUUACCCACUUUCUCUGCUCUGUAAAUUUUUUUCCGUCGCCACCCACGCCGUCUGCCCUCUGUUUUCCGUUGGUCUGCUGAUCGCCGAAGGGCUUCAAGGAAAUUCCAAUUUUACAUUUAGCUUUUGCUCCUUUAGAAGGCAAAUACAGUCGUGGGUAGCUUUUGCAGGAUAUCUUGGAUGGGCUGAAAGUGGUCCUUCCUCUGUUCUUGUCAGACACCCAAUGAGCUUUCAUCCCCAUUUGGCAGGGCAGGAAAAGAAAGACGAUGGCAGAAGAGGAGCCGAAGCCGUUUGCUUACAUACCAGAGAUAAUAUUGAAGAAAAGAAAGAGCAAUGAAGAAUGGGCACUCAAGAGGAAAGCCCAGUAUGAAGAGAGAAACUCUUUGAUCAGGAAGAAAGCCAAGUAUGACUUCAUCAGAAUGCCGGAGGACUUCAUCAAAGAGUACCGCGCUAGGGAAUUGGACCUCAUCAAGAUGAAACAUAGGGUAAAGAGGAAACAACCGACAUCUGUGCCAACAAAAUCAAAACUGCUCUUUGUCAUUCGCAUACAUGGGAAAAGAGAAAUUCAUCAAAAAACAAGGAAGGUCUUGUACAAUAUGGGAUUGAGGUCAACGUUCAGUGGUAUAUUUGUGAAGGCAAAUGAAGGGAUUAUGGAAAAGCUGCAAAGAGUGGAGCCAUACGUCACAUAUGGAUACCCAAAUCUAAAGAGCAUUAAGGAGCUGAUUUACAAGAAGGGUUAUGCAAAGAUAGACAAGCAGCGGGUUCCCCUUACAGACAAUAACAUCAUUGAACAGGCAUUGGGGAAGUUUGGCAUCAUAUGCAUCGAAGAUAUUGUGCACGAGAUCACUAAUGUUGGUCCACAUUUCAAGGAGGUUACUAGUUUUUUAUAUCCCUUCAUAGUCAACAAGCCAGAAGGAUUGCAAGGAAGCAAAAUGUUAUACAAGCAAGGGGGAGACACUGGGAAUCGUGAGGAUCACAUCAAUGAACUAAUCAGUAAGAUGAAUUAGUUCUAAGAAAGCAUAUAUAUACUACAUACACUAAAAAAUCUGGAAUGUAGUUUAUCAACUGCCCCUCAAAUGACCUGCUGUCUGAUGUAUGACCAAUUUUGAAGCUGCUGUUAAUUUGGUCUGCUAAUUGAAUAGUAUCAAUUUUUUUUUCAUCGUUUCAACUUGUAUUGAACUUGCUGGGAAGAGAGUUGUGAAAAUAUAUGUAUCAGGAUUGAUGAAA